UUUUGAAACUACAUUGGAAAGAUUUCAACCAUUCAACCUAACCUUAAUCCCUAAUCAGAUAAUCAGCUGUGUUGUGUUGUGUUUUUAAACAAGAAAUAAGAAUCAAGAAUCGUAAUCGUAGUUUUUAAACUAAACCCACAGCUUCUAAAACUUUAACAAAUAUAAUUUUAUAAUAAAAUAUAAAUUACACUGUGAGAGUAACAAACAACUAAAAAUGUCUGAUUUCGAAAGAAAGAAAAUAAUUACUAACAAAAACAGACCCUUCAGUAAUCGAGAAUCGUCAAGUGGUCGAAUCUUUACAAGCAGAGGAGGUGUUAGCAUCAAAGAAAGAGAUGUAAAUUCUGAAGGAAGCAUUAAGCAACCCACAAUUUUAUUGAAACCCAGAGAAUCUAAUAUUGAGGAUAAUAGUUUUGCGAAAAAGAAACAGAGAGAAAAUGAAGCAGCAACCAGUAAUCAGGCCUCGAAGGAAAUUGAAGGCACUACCCCAGUUUUGAAACACAUGAAAAAGUCUAUAAAGUUGAUUGAGGAUGGUAUCAUGAACACUGAACACGUUCAAGAAUAUUUACAAGAAAACAGUGAUUUUAUUGUUGUGGCAGUAGUAGGUACUCAGCACACUGGAAAAUCCGCAAUCUUAAAUUUAUUAACACAUGAAAAGAUUACAGACAGUAUCAAAAAAAAUAUAUUUCAUUCCAACUUUGAGUCUAAAGAAGAUUUUGAAGAUACCAUUACAUUACUCCAAAGGGUGGAGGAAAGUCAAGAAGACUCGUCAAAUAUUUUCAAAGUGCACGAUCUAGAAGACACAGUAGAUUGUACAAACACUACACAAGGCAUAGACAUUUACGUUUCCUCAAACCGAGUAAUAUUUUUGGAUUGCCAGCCAUUUAUUGCUGUAUCUCCUUUAUACGAUUUAAUAAAUAGUGAAAAUAAAAGGACUAAUCUUGUCAAUGAUUUUAUACCUUUAGAAAACAGUGGAGAAAUACAAGGACUUCAGUAUACAGCUUUUUUAAUGUCAGUGUGUCAUAUUUUGUUGCUUGUGCAGGAUUGGCGUUUUGAUUGCAAUGUUGUAAGGUUUUUACAAUCAGCUGAAAUGUUGAAACCAACAAAAUCGAAUCCUGAAGAUGAUUGUUUAGAGCAUUUUCCCCAUUUAAUUAUGAUCCAGAAUCGAGCACAAAUGGCAGAUUUUACACCAAAAGAAUUCAAGAUAUUGCAGAAAACGUAUGAUGCUCUGUUAAAAAAAACUAAGCUUCAAUUUCACACUAAUUUAGGCAUAGGCUCUGGUAGAAUCAUGAAAACCUUGAGCCCGGAAAAUUGUGGAAAUCCAGUAAAUUUGUUUUUGAUACCAGAAGAACAAAUUGAUUCAGACGAUGUUAUUUAUUGGGGUCAUCCACCUCUAGAAGAUUUGAUUAAAAAGCUUAGAGCAAAUUUAUUUGAAGCUACCAAAAAUUCUCUAACUCAUGUUCAAUUGACUGAAAAAACUUGGCUGGUUUAUUGCAAUAAGGUUUGGGAAACUGUUAGGAAAAGUCCAUUUUUUGUGGAGUAUACCAAAUUGAUGCCUUGAUGAAGGUUGUAUUUAAUGUGAUAAAUUGAUUUCUUAGCUUCUCCAAAGAAAACAAUAUGAGAAUGAAGAGCGAUCUAUAAUAAUUUCGUAGGUAACAAUUGUAUGAAAAGAUGGAAAAAACAACAUACUAAGCAAAUAAUUGCCUUGUUGUAAUAAAAUAAAUGGAAUUUUGUUUCGUUCAAAAUGUAUUUUAGAAUAAAAAGGGGUUUUCUUGAAGAA